CCAACUUUCCUAGCAAUAGCACAAACAAAAACAAGAGAAAGGGUCUCCGUCCGGCGGAAGGAGAAGAGCAGUUUCCAAUCCCAUCCGUCUUUCGUAUGCUUGAAUAAAAAGCCCUCUCUCCCUCUUGGUUUUUUCAACUGUCUCUCCGUGUCUAUCUCGCGUUUCUUAGCACAACACCGAUCCCCAAACACCCAAAGCGACUUUUCUCUCUUCUGCUUUCUUUUCAAAUUCACGCGUUUUUCUCUUCAUCCUUCUCCUUUCAUCUUUGAUCCGCAGGCGUCUUACUAGAUCUCCCUUCUCGAUUCCCUUUUGAUCGCUUCUCUUUCUUGGGUUUUUUUUGUUGCUGGGUUUCAAAUUUUUUAAUCAAAGAGGGAAAUUUUGACAACUUCAUCACUGAUUGCAUGAGUGUUUUCUGAAGAUUAAUGAUGUUGACCUUACCAGUUGGGCUGUGAAGUACUAUGGAACUGGUGGUUACUCGACGACGACAACAACAACAACAACUACCGCAACAAGAUGACGAUUUACAUUGGUCGCGAGGCUUCAAAGCUGUGGAAGAGAAUUUGUGCCGAGAUUACCACAGAGAUCAAUCUACUUUUCGAAAAUUGGAAAUACAUUCUUGCCGGUCUAAUUUUUCAGUAUAUACAUGGUUUGUCUGCCAGAGGAGUUCAUUAUCUACAUCGGCCAGGGCCAACAUUGCAGGACGCAGGGUUCUUUCUCCUUCCGGAGCUUGGACAAGAUAAAGGCUACAUUAGUGAGACGUUGUUCACCUGUAUCUUUCUAUCAUUUGUACUGUGGACUUUCCACCCUUUCAUCUGCAAGAGCAAAAAGAUCUACACAGUUCUGAUUUGGUGCAGGGUUCUAGCAUUUUUAGUUGCUUCUCAAUUUCUUCGGAUAAUUACAUUCUAUUCUACGCAGCUUCCAGGUCCAAAUUAUCAUUGCCGUGAGGGCUCCAAACUUGCCAGGCUGCCACGUCCAGAGAGCGUGCUUGAAGUACUCUUAAUUAAUUUUCCUCGGGGGAUAGUGUUUGGUUGUGGUGAUUUGAUUUUUUCAUCACACAUGAUAUUUACCCUAGUGUUUGUCCUCACAUAUCAGAAGUACGGUACACACAGGUUUAUAAAGCAUUUAGGUUGGCUGAUUGCUGUGGUUCAGAGCCUUUUAAUCAUAGCAUCCCGCAAACAUUAUACAGUUGAUGUUGUUGUUGCAUGGUAUACUGUUAAUUUAGUGGUAUUCUUUAUAGACAAGAAAUUGCCAGAGCUUCCUGAUCGGUCUAGUGGAGCUGCAUCAUUUUUCUUACCAUUGAGUACCAAAGACAGAGACAUCAAGAACAAAGAAGAGAAUCACAAGCUCAUGAAUGGGAACUCGGUAGACCCUGCAGAUAGGAGGCAGAGAACACAAGUAAACGGCAAAAUUGUGGAAGAUGCCAAUGGAGUCCAUAAUGAUGCUAAUGCAAUGAACGGUGUGUAGAUGGUGGAAGCUGUAAGCUAUGACUGCAGCGAGGACUGCGUUUUAUAUCUUUAAGAACCCUUGGGGUGGGGGCCUUCUGUUCCAAGAAUGCUGGUAAAUUUUGAUUUGUAUUCAACUAGAGGAAAAUGAAAAAUGGGUAGCAUGUACGAAUGUUUAGCAGUCCCGCUGCUUUGUAAUGGUUCAAACAAUUAUAUUAUCAGCAUCAGAAUUGUAUCA